GGAAAGUACACCAUCACCUACUUCCCUGUCCGCGGACGCUGUGAGGCCAUGCGGAUGCUGCUAGCUGAUCAGGGACAGGAGUGGACAGAGGAUGUGAUGACUGGGGAGAUAUGGCAGAAAGGAGACUUCAAGAAAUCAUGUGUCUUUGGGCAGGUGCCUAGAUUUCAGGAUGGAGACUUCAUACUACACCAGUCGAAUGCUAUUCUACGACACUUGGCUCGGAACCAUGGACUCUAUGGUCAAGAUGCGCGGGAAGCAGCACUGCUGGACAUGGUGAAUGAUGGCGUGGAGGACCUGCGCGUGAAAUAUGCUCGCCUCAUCUAUCAGAACUAUGAGGAUGGCAAAGCCGCUUAUAUUGAGGCCCUGCCAGGGGAGCUGCGUCCUUUCGAGAAUCUUCUGGCUCAGAAUAAUGGUGGGAAGGCCUUCAUUGUAGGCAAACAGAUUUCCUUUGCAGACUAUAAUUUGCUGGACAUCCUUCAUGUGCACCUGGUCCUGGCACCUGACUGCCUGGCUUCCUUUCCCUUGCUGGCUGGCUAUGUGCAGCGGCUCGACGCCCGGCCCCUUCUCAAGGCUUUCCUGGAGUCUGAUGCCCACAAGAAGCGCCCGAUCAAUGGGAAUGGCAAGCAGUGAGAAGAAUCCCUUCAGCAGGGUGCAGUGAU